AUGCGGGCGUUCAGUGUGAGCCGCGCAUGCCGCUCGGACAGCCUGAUUUCCCCGGCGGUUUCCGGCUUGCGCACGCUUUCGCGAGCAGAGCUUUGGCAUUUCAAAGAGUGCAGGACCCUCAAAAGAAGAGAAACAAGAACAGAGGCGGCCAGAAGAACUGAACUUCGCUGGCUUGCCUUGGAAAACUGUCGUACACAGAGAAACUGCGUGCGCCUCCCAGCCCGGCGGACUUUCAGACGAUUUUAUCAUUCACAACUCAAGUCCGCCUUCUCGCCCGCGUCAUCACCGUAUCCUGCCCCUUCCGUUCCGCCUCCAACCACCGAAGAAGAAGAUGCAGCGUGCCUCUCGAUUUUCGAGCGCAUCUACCGCGCAAAGUCCGAGCCGUCUCUGGCUGGCUCGCGGCCGCGUGCGGCGUCUCCUUCUUCUUCCUCUCCGCCCUCGCCGCUCGCUGCCGCCUCGUCUCUGCACUCAGCUGCUGCGGGCGCUUUUGGCCUAGAGGCGGGACGGGACGGUGAGCACAUGCACCGCUCUGGCGAGCCGAGACUCGAGGCUGAAGAGAUGCCGCCGCCACUUCCCAGCCUCGCCCGGCGCGCUCGCGACCCUCGGGCCUCUGAGUCUCCUGCGUGGGCCGCGGCCCCCGCAGCUCCUGGGCAGCCUUUGGCAGUCUCUGCCGCGCCUCCGCGCCAGUCGUCGAAGCUCUCCUGCCACGUGCUGGUGUGUAUGGUGGCUGACACGGCCAGAUCUGGAGUGCGUACGCGGGAGGCCUGGCAGCCGCUCUUGCUGUUGGUCCUGCAGCAUCUGUCCCGGCUGUCGUCGCAGCAGAUUCAGCAGACCGCCUUGGCGCUCAGCCGCGCGGGGCUCUGCGCUCCCCUCGUGCUCCAGGGACUCUGCGAGGCUCUCUACUGGAAGUGCGAACAGAAGAAGCCGAUGCCAGACGACCUCGUCCUCUUUUUCGAUGCCCUCCGGCGCCUGCGGUACUGCCCGUCGACGCGCCACAUGAACAAGUACAUUGAGAGGCUGAAGGAGGGGCGGAAGAAGCUGACUGUGUCGCACUGCUUGAAACUCCUUCGCUUCUUUGCGGAAGCGGGAAUAGAGGCACGAGACCUCAAGCUUCCGGCGUUUUACUGGGGCGUCACCGAGCGGCUCACCUCCGGUUUCGCUUCGCUGCAUCCGCCUGAGGUCGCGGCAACCGCCCAGCUCCUUGCGCAGCUAGGCAGCCGCGAUGGUUUUCUUUUCGACCGUAUAUGCCUCGCACUCUACAGCCGGAGCGCGGACCUGAUCAACCAGAACGUGGCGGCCGCGAGCCAGCUGGAGGAGGCUCUUCACGGCUCUCGUCAGGCCUCGCCGCCGUCUUCACAUGCUGCGUGCCGCCCCCCUCCGGCUUCAUCGUCUUCUCUCGCGGAGGCCCUCGCCGCUGGAGACGGCUCGUCGGGUGCACUGGCUCCCUCGGCGGCUUCCGGCGCUCUUCCAGAGUCUGCCGUGUCUCUGUCGUUCGCUGACCUGGCACACAGCCAGGGUCGCGGAGGUCUGCCUGCCUGUCGGCCUUUAGAGAGCUUCCGUUCCCCUGUGGAGAGAGGAACAUCGAGAGAAGGCGAAGAGCCGAUUCUCGAAAGAGAUCAAUUUUUUGCAGCGCUCGUGCACCUGGGUCAGACCCUUCUGCGGAUCAAGCUGCUGAAGUUUCCACCUCAUUUUUGGCUGGCCCUUAAGCAACACGUCGAGCACCACGCGGCGUCCCUUAGUCCAGAGCAAACGGUUUUUGUUCUCUCGCUUCUAGCACGGGAGCACUACCGCGAUACCUCGCUGUUGAAUAAACUCGGCGUGACAGUGGAACAAAAUCUCCUUUCCUUCUCGCCAAACCAGCUAGCCAGCGUUCUGUUCGCGUUCUCGUCGCUCUCCUACCGCCAUCGGACGCUCCACGCAACGCUAGCGCUCCGUCUGCUCCAAGCCGGUGCUCUGCCCAGUAUGGAAUCUCUGAACGCGCGCUUUCUUCGAUCUGUCCUUCCCCUAGCACGGUUGCCAGGCCGCACGAAGAACCUGGCGAUGCUGUCCUUGCGUGCGGGGCUGCCUCAGCCUCUCGCCUUGGCUCACAUUCCUUCAACGACUCAACGGGACCAACCUGAAAAUGAGGCAGAGGCUUUUUUGUCUUCCGCUUCUUCACUGCUCUCCUCACCUGUCGGGCACCUCUCUGCUGCCGGGGGCGAUGCGGCAGGGGGCGACGCGCGCCAGGCUACGGUGAACGCAGGCCGGCAGGGACUAGCGAAGAGGGACGACAAGGUGCUUGCUGCGGAGCCCGAAAUGCGUGGGCGCUGGAGAGACGCAAACACCGCGAGCAGUGAGGGCCGCUGUCAUCACGAGAGGGAAAAUCAAGAGGCGAUCUUCCCGAGAUCGCAGCGCGUGGGCACACGAGAGCGCGAAACCCUGGCCUGGACUGAUACGAGCACACAGAGCACUGGCACGGCGGAGCGAGACGCAUAUCACAUGAUGCAUACAGAUCCUCCGCCGCCGUCCUUUGGCGCCGCGCCACACGCAUGGGCAGACGACCGCACUUUCGCGACCCCUGGCGGGAGAGGAAGGCAGACUGCGAGGGGAACUGGCGAGGCGCAGCCGCUGGGUGCGGACGCGCACAUGCCUCCGCCCAUGUUCUGCAGCGCGGACAGUGUCCCGCGAGAGUGGGAAAAACGAGCACUCGGGUCAAGCGUGUCUGCAUGCGAUUUGCUUCACGCGGGUGGAGCGUCGCCGGAUGCUGAAGUGCAGACGGUGGAGGCGAGCGGCGGUGGGCUCAACGGAGAGGGCCGAGCACACGCAGAGUGGGUCAUGGAAGCAGCAGCAUCAUCGAAGCCGCCGAAGCAGCUGGCAAGCGUGGAGUCAUUGUCAGCGGACAUGGGAGGUGGCGCACAGCUGCUCCACAGCGGACCGGACUGGAGAGCGGACGGAAAUGCAGGAGGGAGUGAGGCCGUCCUGGGCGUCGACCUGCUUCCAGGAGCAAGCGCGAGCAGAGAUCCAACUGCGAGCCGGACUCAACACGCUCAGGCCGCUCCUCUGGGCGCGGGCGAUUCUGCUCAAAUGAUGGCGGGCUCCGUCGUUUCACGAGUUGGCGAUGGACACCGAACAGAACUUUCGAAGAGCGCGCCUGUACUCCCGAGCUUGGUGCCUCGGCGGAUCGAGCCGACUGUCGCGGCAGCUAUGCUGAGCGCGUGCGUUGAACUGAAGCACCGUGACCGCCUCUUCCUGUCGUGCCUGAUGGCCUCGCUCAAGGUCGCAGUCGAAGAAGCCACAGUCUCCUCUGUCUCGUCUGUGGUGCGGCGCAAUUCUCGCGCUGUCUCGUGUCGGCAUCAGGGCGACUCGGCCUCAAGCGACAGCGUCGACUUGCCACCGGUACCGCAUCCGGUUGGGGACGGCGUUGCCAGCGCUCUUGAUCGACCAUCCGCAGGAUGUCUUUCUGCAAACGGCAGGCGCCUUCGACCGGUAGUUGGGCUCCACGAAGUCGCCGGGGAACUGGUGUGGAACCCGGAGGAAUCCUGUCCAGCCACAGGAACGGAACGCGGUCCGGAGCCUUCGAUGCGCGCAGAGGCAAAUACCAGUGUCCCCCGUCCGGGCGGCGAUAUCGACCGAAUUUUCAGAGCCACGUCUGCUAACGCUAAAAACGCGGAUGCACCGCGUACCUGCACACUCGCCGAGGAGAACGAAGGUUAUUGCAUGGCUGAGUUAGGAGCGUCGCCAGGAGGCAGAUGGUCGGUAGAGUCGUCAACGCUUGGAUCACCUUCCAGGCCGAGGCAGGGGUCAACGAGAAUGCGACGAGGGGCGGCUCCAGCAGGAGACACUUUGUUUGAGCGCACCCCGAGGGGGCCUGCGUCAGCAAUGUCAACAGUGCCGCCUGCGAAGGCGGAAGUGCUUCGGGGGGCUUCACAGAGCUCAGACGGGCUCGCCUUCCUCAGCGGCUUGGAUGCCGCCCAGGCAGACGCGCUCCGCAGCCUGUCGCGCGAAGUAGAGACCGAGGGGUUUCAAGGCGAAAGGGCGAAGAUGCAGGAGAAACGAGAGGCACGCGAAAGCGGAGAAGAAAACAAACCGCAUGACUACACCUUUUGCCCUUCAGGUCUGCCUUUCCCGGAGCGGGAUUCAGCGGCCGCAUGUUCGUCCAAGGCUCUCUCAAUGCCUGGCGGUGCAGCUGCGGCGUCCACAUCAUCUGGUUCUGGCGUUUUGCGCUUCCGGUACACGCCUCAGUUUUUUGAGCUUCUACGUCGCGCCGCUCUGCUGAAGGCCGCUGGGCGCCUACCCUUUGCGUCUGGUAGCUUCGCGGAAUAUAUCGGUGACGCGAGCGAACCCCGGUGCUCGCGUCCUUCGCCAUAUAACGGGGAGGACACGGAUGAAAGCGUGCAGAAGUUGAGAGAAACACGAGGGGCGCUUGUGGUGGGAGACGAGCUUCUGAAGUCCAGGAAGGGCCUCAUCGGCAGAUGCAAGACGGUUGUGCCUGCGAGCGCGCGCAUUGAGAGAAAGAUUCCUCCAGAAGAGCAGCGCAGGCGCUUCUGGGAUCGUCUGUUUGAGGCCACGGGGCAUCCUGCAAAGCGACGACUCUACAACCGGCGACUGUUCCUCGCCGCCUGCGAACUUCGGACCAUGACGCUGCCUUCGCGACCUCUCCGCUUAUCUCCCGUGGCGCUGGGGGGGGACGUGCAGCAGCCAGAAGAAAAGGAGACAGAUGCAAGCGACGCAGGGCUUCCAACUGAAGACGGACGGUCAGCAGACGACACAGGGACAACGCAAGAAACCAGCGGCGAAGACCCCGGUGGAGAGAAUGUUGAGGGGAUGGAGUGUGGCGCCUCCACGUGCGCACCGUUCAGAGAUUCGGGGUCCCGCAAAGGCAUGCAGAGAAGGCUACGUGAGAAGGCAGCUGGCGGCAGGUGUGCCAAACCGAGAGGGCGGAGAGAACUCAUCGCCGUCGGCCGUCCGAGCGACAACGCGUUUCGUAAUGCCCAGACGGUCCGCAAUGCCAUGCGCCGCUGGAGCUUGCUUCGUCGGGCGUUUCUGGAGCCUUACGAGGGACACGCACGUGCUUUGGAGCUCGCCCUUCACCGGCUGCAGACCUCGAGAAACGCUCGGCUGCUUGCCGCAUCGCUUGCACCACAGCAGACAUACAGUGCCUCGGUCCUGCCUGUGGGGGGACCCCAGGGCUCUGCACUAGCUUGCGAGAAGAUGAAAGCCUCUGCAGAGACACACGACGCAGGCGAUGCCGGCGCGCCGCUUCCCAGCCUCGCGCUCCUGUUCCUCCCCAGAGAGCGAGGCACUCCCGCAGCCUCUUGUUCACGACUGCCUUUCCUCGUUGACACAGCCCAGCUGUUGCCCCCGAGAGGGCGUAUCAGUGCGCGCGGCGGCAGUCGACAUGAGGGAAGCGGCUUCUGGCUCUCUGCCUCGCGACUGAAGGCUAUGUCCACCCGCAUUUGCCGCGACAACCGGCGAAGCCGAGAGCGCCUGCUUCGAAUCCGGGCGGAGCGCGGCUCGGCUCUCGAGAGAGAUACUCUGAUGCUCAAAGAUACAACUGCCCCCCUGAAAAUUGCGGCUUCCACACCCGACACUCCAGCAUCGGCACAAGACGCACCUGCGGCGGAAGCGCGCCCAGGUCUGUCCGACCCAUGCCACACCCUUCACGUCUUGUCAGCCGAGGUGAAGGAUGUCCCAUGCGAACAACACGAGAAGCCGCAGGAACCGCGAUAUGCGAGUAGGCCUUACCUGACAAUCAAAAGAGACGUUGGAUCGAUUCGGACCCGCUGCCCCCUCGUGCGCGAAGUUUCAUGCGCGCUCCAGGCUUCCCUUCGGUUGCACUUCCUUCCCACUGGUCUCGUCACCAGUUUCACUUCCUACCUGCUUCAGGUCUUGACUAACGUGUCCGCUCUCUUCGUUUUGCCGUCUCCGCUGGAAGAGGAGGCGCGCUGCCAGAUUGAAGCGAGGGCCGGCGCUGAGCGUCAACGGGGCGAGGAGCUGGCUACGAGCGAAGUAGGCAGCACGCGAGGCAGACGUCAGGGCGGCGGCGGCGGCAUUGCCAACACGCGGGAGCUGCGGCGCCCUACCGCAACGGCGCACCGUGAGCUGGUGGUGCUUCUGCAAUGCCUGAACAAAGCCGCGGACGCUGCGUGCUGCGUGCCUGGACUGGCGGCUAUGGAGGCCGGUGAAGGCGAGGGGGCGAACGCACAUGGAGAUCCAACUGACGAGGGCGAAGGAUACGGAGACGCACUGAAGCAGUAUCCUCAGGAGCAACGCGAGGCGUGGCAUGCUCUAGAGAAAUGCUACAGAGCCCUAGCCUUCCAAGUUUUAUGGACGGUCGAAGCGUCGUCGACCACGCCCCAGUCAGAUGCACUGUUCGAGGCCCUGCGGGUCUACACUCGCCUGUCGCAGUUGCUGGCGAUACAGUUCCGCGCCGCCCGCUCGGCCGCCGGCGAUCCACGCAGCGCAGCAGAGUCUAGCGCAGCGAGCGCCUCCAGUGCAGUCGCAGCCGCUGCGUGUGAAUCCGCUGGCAUUCGCCCGCCCGCUGUGUCGCUGGCGCUGCGCGUGCCUUCCAGCCCAAGAGAAAGGCCUCGCAGCUCAAGCGCCGCGGGCCGGGACGCGUCUUCUUUUUUCCUCUCUCACGCCGACUGGUUCCACUCACUUCUCACGUUCAUUGGCCGCCGGGUGGGAGUCGCGCCAGGCGUCUGCAACGGAGGGAGAAACGAGCAGUGGAGACACGCCUUCACAGCGCAGUCGGAGCACGACAGCGAAAUCUGUGAAGAGCGACGCACGCGGGCAGGCACACGAGUGCAGGAGAGUCCGAGGGCACACGCGCCGAGUGUGGGCGACUACGAAGAGAGACAAGGCGACAAAGAUUCUAGUGGUUUGUGCAGAGACCGAGAUCGGCCUUGUGCGACACCGGCUGAUUCUGUGCGUGAGCACGAAGCGGCAAGACGUGGAACCAGCGGCGCUGCUGGGCAGCGUAGCGACUGCAGAAAAACGGGUGCCAAAGUUUUCUCUGUACGACUGAAGGAGCUUACGCAAUUCAUGGCAUGCCUUCAUGGCAUGCGUGAGUUUCUCCGGGAGCUGGAAGGUCUGCAGGGUAGGCAGUUUGAGGUCGUCGAGCUUUGGCAGGCGGUGCGUGCGGAGGCGAAGCGCCGUUUGCUGACGGCGUUUCGAAGGGCAGGAAAGGACGACGUACUUUAUUCGAAGCAUUUGAUGAAGGCCACAGCUGACGCCACUGAGCCCACCACCUCACCAGAGGGCGCGUUUCACCGUCGAGACGUACUUGCAGCCCUCGUGGUUUUGAGCAUCGACGCUCUACCAGUUCCACUCGGCGGCGUGCGGGAGGAGCCCGCGCGUGGAGCAUGUACCGCACUGGAGGCAGAUUCGCAUAUCGCCGCUCCGCAGACUUCGGCGCAGGUAGCCCCAGAGGCAGCUGGCCACUCAGAGAGCAUGCGCAGUCAUGGGUCGCUGAGGGCCCCGCCAGAGCCUCCCGGAGCGGUGACAAGCGCCGCCGACGAAACACGCCAAGAAGCAGAAGACGAACGGGAGAAUACUGCCCUGCGCAGAAGCGGCCUGAAGCGCGAAAACCAGCCCUUUCACAAACGCACCUGCGUUGCCGAACUCGAUUUCGAGCAGACUGUGCGAGAAUAUGCGCGGCGAAGUGCUGUCCCUAGUCGGCUGCUGUUGCGAGCUGUUCAGCGUGAACUCGCGAGGCAGGGACGGCUAGAGGCCGCGGCCCAUGUUCGUUCCGUAGUCACUCGGCUUUAA